AGAUAUAAAACCUUUUUAUAUUCUUCUAGCAAGGUCUGGUCUGAUUACAUUCUUCCACUUUCUCGAUCUCCAGAUUUCUUAGGAAAAAAAAGGAGAAAAAAUCACGAUGUCCGCCGAAUCAUCCAGCCAAAUUCCUAAAGGACAGGUUGAUCUGUUAGAUUUCAUUGACUGGUCUGGUGUUCAAUGCCUCAACCAAAGCUCAACUCACUCCUUGCCCAACGCUCUCAAACAGGGGUAUAGAGAGGAUGCGGGUUUAAACUUAGAGAGUGAUGCUGAUGAGCAACUUCUAAUCUAUAUUCCUUUUAACCAAGUUAUCAAACUACAUUCCUUUGCUAUCAAAGGCCCUGAAGAGGAAGGUCCUAAAACGGUGAAGUUUUUCUCAAACAAAGAGCACAUGUGUUUCAGUAAUGUCAAUGAUUUUCCUCCAAGUGACACCGCCGAACUAACUGAAGAAAACCUCAAGGGAAACCCAGUGGUCCUUAAAUAUGUCAAGUUUCAGAAUGUUCGUAGCUUGACCAUCUUCAUUGAAGACAACCAAUCGGGUGCUGAGGUCACAAAGGUCCAGAAGAUCGCUCUCUACGGUUCAACGGUGGAGACGACUGAUAUGAAGGGGUUGAAAAAGAUUGAAGAUCACUGAGGAAACAAAAGGGUUAUAAUGAUAAUGAUCUAUCACUUUGACUUACAGUGUUCUGUUGUUCUUUUCUUUUCUUCUUCACUACUUCAAGUUUUUAAAAGUUGGAAUAGACUAGAACCUGUUAUUGCCUAUUGUUACCAGUGCGAAACGUAUUAUAAGCUGAAUAACAUUGUUCCAUCACCUAGA